GACUAGAGCGGUGUUCCGCUAAGUCUCUUGACUCUCUUUUCCUGUUUCCCUCACAUUGGGGGCUUGUGAGGUCAUUUGCCCCUCCCGCCCCCCAAAAUCCAAACUUUCCUCGAGAAAUACAUACUUUAAAGGGGCUUUGGGGAGGAGGCCACUUCUCCCGCCAUUUCCCUCCCAGGAGCCCGCGUGAGGCCUAGUCCUAGGUGGGAAGCACCGGACUCUUCCCGCAGGCAAGCACGGGGAGGUGAAUGGGGAGUCGGCGUGAGGGGCCACGCAAGGCCCCGGCUUUGGCCUAGUCGCGCUUCCUUCGCCACGCCGUUUACAAUGUCUUUGUCGCCUUGACGACGGCCCCAAGAACAACAUACUUGCGAGGGACUCAAGUGCGGCUUCCAAUUAACUGACACAUCCCGAUCAAUUUAAAAACAUGGCAAAUGCAAAAGUGAAAUAAAAAACAAUCAAGCAUUUGGGUCAUGCAUACAAAAUACAGUUAAGAUACAGUAAAAAGACUGGUGCUGAUUUAUUGUACUUUGGGAAGUGGUGACCUGCAACGUGUGUUUGCGUUCCCUCUGGAGUUUUUGAGACUUCCCAAUUGUCAACAUGCCUCAGGCUAUUUCCAGAGCGGUGCUGCGGACUCCCUUGUAGCCGGCAAACCCGAUGGAUGCUCACCCAGAACCAUGGAGCCCAACUGCAGCGCCGAGGGCCAAGCCCCACAAAAUAUGCCCUCGAGGGUCUGCAGUGCAGGGAAAGAGGCAGGGGACAGGCCUGACCUCCUCUCCAAGCAUUCCUUUAUCAACCGUCAGUUGAAUUUCCUCCCCGAAGAGCCCCAAACCUGCACUGAUUUGAACUCCUUCGUCCAGAAACCGAGGCUCGAGCGGACCUCAUCCCUCGACGAACUCAUCUGGCGCCGGCGCCGGCUGUUCAGGAUGAGCCAGGACAGUUUGCGGGAUCCCCCCAAGAUGGGCUCCUUAAACGGUUCCCUUGAGGACUCGCAGGGACGGUUUCCCACCACUCAGCCACCUCCUCCAUUGGAGCUUGAGGGCUCCUUCUCUGCGCUGAGGACAACUAAUAGGAUCGACCCGGAUUGUGGGGAUUACCACCGGCUUUGCUCCGGGGUCUCGUUUCCGAGAGCGAGCAGCAGCUGGAGCGACAGCCAGCUCCACAGCCGAGGAGGGAUGGUGUGCGACGACUACGGUGCCUCCUCCUCCUCCGCCGGCUCCAUGAAAUCCUCCUUCAGCCUGCUGACCCCCAUCCGCGUCAGGGAUGUGCGGAACAGGAGUUAUUUGGAAGGCAGCCUUCUUGCCAGCGGGGCCCUUUUGGGAGCAGAAGAGCUGAACCGGUAUUUCCCUGACCGGCGCAUUGGUAUCUUUGUGGCCACGUGGAACAUGCAGGGCCAGAAGGAGCUGCCCGAGGUGCUGGAUGACUUCCUUUUGCCCUCGGAGCCCGACUACGCCCAGGACAUGUAUGUCAUCGGGAUCCAGGAAGGCUGUCCGGACAGGCGCGAGUGGGAGAUCCGCUUGCAGGAGACGCUGGGCCCCCAUUACGUCCUGUUCUACGCAGCGGCCCACGGCGUGCUUUACCUGUCUGUCUUCCUAAGGAGAGACCUCAUCUGGUUCUGCUCAGAGGUGGAAUUUGCCACAGUGACGACUCGCAUCGUGUCCCAAAUCAAAACCAAAGGGGCCCUCGGCAUUUGCUUCACUUUCUUCGGCACAUCCUUCCUUUUCAUCACAUCUCAUUUUACGUCUGGAGAUGGCAAAGUUUAUGAGAGGGUACUGGAUUACAACAAGACCAUCCAGGCGCUCGCUCUGCCCAAAAACCUUCCCGACACCAACCCAUAUCGCUCCAGUUCGGGGGACGUCACAACCCGCUUCGACAACGUCUUCUGGUUCGGGGACUUCAACUUCCGCCUGAACGAGAACCGGGAGGCCGUGGAGCAGAUCCUCAGCCAGGGCUCCAAAGCAGACCUGUCCAAGCUGCUGGAGCACGACCAGCUCCGGAAGGAAAUGGACAAGGGUUCCAUCUUCAAGGGCUUCCAAGAGGCGCCCAUCCGUUUCCGCCCUUCGUACAAGUUUGACGUCGGGAUGGAUUCCUACGACUCGACCUCCAAGCAGAGGACGCCCUCAUAUACGGACCGCGUCAUCCACCGAAGCCGCCACAAGGACGACAUCCAUGCCGUGAAGUACUCCUCCUGCCUUGGCAUCAAGACCUCCGACCACCGUCCUGUCUAUGGGCUGUUUCGGGUCAGAAUCAGGCCCGGAAGAGACAACAUCCCGUUGGCCGCGGGGCUGUUUGACCGCGAACUCUACCUGAUCGGCAUCAAGAGGCGCAUCACAAGGGAGCUCCAGAAGAAGCAGGCCUUAAAGAACCAGAAAACCAGCGCCGUCUGUUCAGUUUCCUGACCUUCGCAGGGAGAAAAAGAAGAGGACUUGUUUUGAGGCCGACCUUAGAAGACAGGCCUCGGCGACCAGGUUGGACCCCCAAAGCCAGGUUUGUCAAGGAGCGACACAUUCCUUAAAAUGUUUGCUUUGGGGAGGAAAGAAAAGACUGUUCUGUCUCCUCAAGGAAAUCCAACAACUUGAAUCGGGCACACUCUAGUAUCGUUUGGGGGGUG